UACGUGCACGUACAGCGCCUGGACUCGGAUUUACAAUCUGAUUACUGAUUCAGCAAAGACGCGGAUGCAAAGUUAUGGAUGAAAGAAUAUCCCGAGUGCAGGACAGAGCGUUCCUGGAUCACACUGACUUUCUGGGGGUGGAAUAUCCGUCUCUUUAUAUGUGCAAGUCUAAACGAGGUAUGAAACGUGAAGAAGGGAAGGACGCUUAUAAGUUACCACACAGACUUAUAGAGAAGAAAAGGAGGGACAGGAUUAAUGAAUGUAUCGGACAGCUGAAGGACUUACUACCUGAACACCUCAAACUAACAACGCUGGGUCACCUGGAGAAAGCGGUUGUGUUGGAAUUAACUCUCAAACACCUGAAUGCAUUGACAGCUGUUACCGAGCAGCAGCACCAGAAGAUCCUCGCUCUGCAGAACGGAGACCGGUCUACGAAAUCCUCCCUCCGUGCAGACUUGGAUGCUUUCCACUCAGGAUUUCAAGCCUGCGCUAAAGAGGUCCUGCAGUAUCUAAGCGCAGUUGAGAAAUGGACCAGUCGGGAGCAGAGGUGCACACAGCUCAUCGAACACCUACACAAAGCUUUAGGGCAACUCGCACAAUCCCCUUCAGGAUCACAGGAGCGGGACAGCAAUGCCAACUGCGUUCCUGUUAUUCAAAGGACUCAAAAUCCUGAGGCUAACGAGAACGACACUGACACAGACAGCGGAUACGGAGGUGAGGCUGAAAAAAGCAACACCAGAGCUGAAAAAGUUGUAGGAGUUAAAAUAAAACAGGAGUUUGGAGAUGAGCACAUUACUAAAAAACCCAAACUGAACUGGAAUGACAGUACAAGUGUGGGAAGCACUGAGCAGUCAAACUUGGCACUUAUGAACUCCAUCAUUGGAAUGGCUAGCAUGGGGCAGCAGACUCCGUUCUGUGUUCCAUUUUACUUCAUAAAUCCUUCUGCUGCCGCCUCAUAUAUGCCAUUUGUCGAUAAGAGCAGUCUGGAAAAAUUGGUCUAUCCAGCACUGACCAGCCCAUUUCCAUGGAUCUACCCUGGAAUCUCUGCUCAGACUCCUGUCAGUGCGUCUGCUGUCUUUUCCAGCUGCUCUACAGAGAAGAAUAAUGGAUUUGGGGCUUUAAAAGAAAAAGACUGUGCUUUUUUAACUAACAACGCUGAGCAAACCGAUGUAUCCUCUCCAACAAGUGAGGAGCAGAACUCAGAAAGCGACCAUACUUGGGAUCAGCCCCAAAGAAUGCAAGAUAACGAUACUUAGAUUAGUACCUAAAUGGUACCUAAGUUUGAACAAUUGCACUUGUGACGAUGCGUAUUUACCUAUUUCUUAA